AUGUCAAACAAACCAAUUCUUCCCCAGACUCAGCCAAAACCAUUCUUACCAAUGGUACGUCUUACCUCUCUCCCUCCCUCCCUCCCUCCAAUAUAUGUAUACCAUCAACUAACCAGUUCACACACACAGUCUCUCAGGUAUCCCAAUGCCCCUCCUCCUCCCCUCCUCCUCCUCCACCACCUCCUAACGCACUACACCACAGCACCACCGCCCUCCUCCUCGGCGCCCUAACCGCAACCGGCGGAAUCACAGGCUACAUCCGCGCCGGCUCCAUCCCCUCCCUCGCAGCAGGCUGCUCCGUCGGAAUCCUCUACCUCCUAGGCGGCUACCGUCUACAGCAGAAGCAAACCUACGGCCUCGAACUCGCCCUCGUGGCUUCCGUCGUCCUGGCCGGCUCUUCCUACCCACGAGCCAUAAAGACAAGCUUCAAGCCCCUCCCGACGGGUCUCAGUGUUCUGGCGACUGUGGGAUUGCUGCAGUUUGGCAUGGCUUUUGUCAAUAAGCAAAAGUAA